UUGGUUCUAAUUCUUCUGGACAAGCAAGACAACGAGCUUUAUCCGGUCCUCAAGCGCAUUGCCGACUGCUCGCUUGGUUUGAAAACCAUUUUCUGCACAAAUCAAAAGUUAAAGGCCUCUGGCAACGAUGCUCUGUUCUCCAAUCUCGUGCUCAAGGCAAACAUCAAGGCUGGCGGUCAAAAUCAUCAUGUGCGAAUUGGGAAGGGAAAGGCAGCGCAGUCAGCCUUCCAUAAGAUUGGGGAGAGCACACUGGUGAUUGGAGUAGAUGUUGUUCAUCCAGGCGGCGAUCUGCCCUCAAUCGCCUCUAUGGUCGGCUCCAUUGACAAGCAAUACGUCAAUUUCGCCGGUUCUGUACGCCUACAGCCAGCUCGACAAGAAAUAUUGACCGUGAACAAUGUUACCGAGAUGUUUCUAGAAUGCCUUAUGGCGUUUGGUCAGGGUACCCAACAAUUACCUCAGCGAAUUCUCUACUAUCGAGAUGGUGUCAGCGAAGAUCAAUACCAUCAGGUUCUGGAACAGGAAGUCGCCUCAAUUCGGCAAGCCUACCUAACAUGGCUCAUUUGCCGUUACUCGGAACCUCAACGCGGCGAACGUUCGAAGAGUUCUCGUUCUCCAGAAAUCCCUGUCAGUGCAAUUGUUGUUGGAAAGAGGCAUCAUACCCGAUUCUUCAGUCGCAACGAUGCCAUGUCAUAUCGAGACAAGCCUGGCGGCCCAAUAAACGGCAAUAUCAAGCCUGGUCUGGUUGUGGAUCAGGUCAUUACACAGACAGGCAUCGCAGGAGCCUUUCCAGACUUCUUCUUGCAAAGCCAUGCUGCCUUGCGAGGAACGGCAAAGUCUGCGCACUACGUGGUCAUUUGCAACGACAAUGCUAUUCCCAUGUCCGACAUUCAAAACAUCACUCACGCAUUCUGCUACGACUAUGCGCGCGCAACUAAGGGUGUGUCGUACUGUGCACCAGCGUACUAUGCCGACCGCCUUUGUGACCGUGCACACAAGUACCUC